CCCUAGUGUCAAAAUGUUGUAGGUUUUCAACCAUUAGAGAAAAUGACGUCUAAGGGAUUACAAGAAGAAUUCCCCCUUCAUUGGCUUGUAUGGGACAACAAGUAUCAAGACUUGGAUAGAGAACUCGCUCGUGAUGUCCAUGAGUUGGAGAAGCUAGAUCCACGUGGAAGAACGCCUCUACAUCUUGCUGUCACUCUAGGACACAUAGAGAGCACGAGGGUGUUGGUACGGUAUGGAGCCUCCACAAUGAUAGAGAACAAAGGCAACUGGUCAGUGCUACAUGAAGCAGUGAGCACUGGAGACCCAGAACUAGUUCAGCUGGUACUGAAACACAGGGACUACCAAAGGUACAGCAAAAGAACUGUUGGUGUGCCUGAACUUUUACAGAAACUGAAGGAGUCCUCUGAUUUCUAUGUAGAGAUGAAGUGGGAAUUUACCAGCUGGGUGCCUUUAGUGUCUCGAAUGUGCCCCAGUGAUACAUACCGAGUGUGGAAAAGCGGUUCCAAUGUGAGGAUAGACACAACUCUGUUAGGGUUUGACAACAUGUCCUGGGAAAGAGGCAGUAGGAGCUACAUAUUUAAAGGCACAGCUAACAGUGCAACUGUGAUGGAGGUUGACCAUGACAGAAAAGAGAUAUUCUCUGAAAUGAUGCAAAUCCUUCCCCCUAACUUUGAUAUAUCAGUAAUGAAUCCCUCCGAUGACUCUGUGGCAGCACGCCUCACCAAUCCUCUGGUCACCACCUACGUAGAUACGGACAAAAUCUCCUUUGAGAGAAACAAAUCUGGUAUCCUUGGCUGGCGCAGUGAUCGGAGUGAGACCGUCAACGGCUACGAAUCUAAGGUGUUUGGAGCUUCUAAUGUAGAGUUGGUAACAAAGACACGAGUUGAACACCUGUCAGAACAGGACAAACAGAAAUCCAAGAAAAAUAACAAGACACCACUAGAGUCGUUUCUAGGGGUGGCUGAGGAACAGAACAAGAAGCAAGGAGCGUCAAAUGGAGACGUGUCAUCAGUGUUGUAUAACCCGAGUGCUAUCACACCAGAGGAAUACUUUAACUCGUUUGUAGACUUAAGUGAACGAGAUAUUGGUCGCCCGAUCGAUCAGACAACAAAGACUCAGAAGUUUAAGGCUACUUUGUGGCUGUGUGAGAACUAUCCAUUGUCCCUCCAGGAACAGGUCGUGCCGAUAAUAGAUCUUAUGUCUUCUAGUAACGCACACUUUAGAAAACUCAGAGACUUUAUAACGUUACAACUACCAGCAGGAUUUCCUAUCAAAAUAGAGAUUCCCCUGUUUCAUGUGCUCAAUGCUAGGAUUACGUUUGGAAACAUCUCCGGAAUGGAUCAGCCAAUUGAAGGGGUCACACCUCUCAGGAAUGGGGAUGAUGUCAAGUGUAAAUGUACUGUAGAUGAAUCGUGUUUUGAUCCUCCCAGUGGUUACAUGAGGCUAGGAGAUACUGGUGGUCAUCAUGGCCGUUUACAGGAUGAGGAUGAUGAACUCUUACAAUUUGCCAUACAACAGAGUUUAAUGCAGACUGGAAAUACAGAAAAUGACCAGCAGUUAACGUUUUGGGAGGCUCUCAACAAUAUACGCCCGCCACCCCCAGGGACUGUGGGUCCUGAGGAGGCAGACCAGCUCCUUCAGAGGGCCAUAGCAGAAAGUAUAGCCUUAUCUGGUGGUCCUUCACCAGUCGACGGAGCCCCUCCUCUUCAGACACAGCCUCAGCAGCAUGCAGCGCCUCCUAUUCUGCGUGACGACGAAACACAGAUGCGUAUGGCCCUAGAGCUCUCGCAGCGACAGCAACAAGAAGAUGAUAACCGUCGACGACAGGAAGAGGAGGAACUGGAAAUGAUUCUCAAGCUGUCACUCACAGAGAAGUGAUGUACUAUUGUACAAUAGUAUCUUUUUAUUAUAAAUAACGACAGAUGCAACAUCACCCUGUUGUACAUCCUGGUAUGCAGUGCUUUACAAUAUAUAGCAGUAGCACAACAUGAGAUAAACUUGACUCUUGAAGCUACGGAGAGAAUGAAUCACUAUUUUGUACACUGCGAGAAAGGCACGCCUAUAAUUUCAAGAGCAGUGGUGAUCUUUGAGGUAGUGGCCAUGAAUUGUUUACGUCACCGGCUUACAUCAGAGUCUCAGUUUGCCUCUGUAUAAAUGCUGUAAUUAUUUAAGGAGACCUCUCUUUUAAGCCACAGUAGUGGUCUUUUAAGCUAGUGAUAUCACAAAGUACAUUCAUCUUACAUGACCGGUCCAAACUGUGAUAUGUUAUGGAAUCAAUUAUGGUUUCUCUCGUAUCAAUUACCAGGGCACAUAGGACUAUCAAGGAAAGUAAUUUAUCAUUACAAAGGAAGAGGACUUGGUGACAACAAAGGGAGAUCACCCAAUGCAACAGAAAAGUCACAUUUGUACAGGGAAGGAUAAAAGUUAAUCAGUGUCAUUGGGGAUAAAUCAUGGUUGCAAAAGAGGUCGCUCUUGGUUGUAAAAAAUCACUCACACAAACAUAAAGGGAAGCAUAUGUACUUUGUGCAUGCAAUGGGAUACAUUUGUGAACGAAAUUUAUGUCAAGGAGAGUUGAUUGUGUAUGCAACAAGUGAACUUAAAAAUGACACAAAGGUAUGAUCACAUGUGUAAAGGUUUCAUUUUUAUAUUAUUUAUAAAACUUUUGAUCUAAUUUUCAUGUUAUCUUAUUUUCAUGAUAUGCACGACACUCAUACGAGUUAUAUUCAAUCUGUAUACUAGUACAUUAAGUGCUGGACAUGUAUGAAAAAUUGUUGUUCAACUUUUCAUAACAACAGAAUACAUGUGACCUUGGAUGUGACAGGAUACAUGUAGUAUUCACAGCACUUACAGAUGUUGCCAAUUUGUAAAUAUCAACAAUGGCACAUUGCAUAUUGCAUGCAAGACAUGCUUGCAAAAAUUGAGGGAUGAUUCAGUUUCGCCAACUCAUCUAAUUUCAUCAGGUCAGCCGGAUAUUACCAAUGUCAUGACCUGCUUGAAUGGUGAAAAAUUCUAGUACCACCUGAUGUUUUAAAAAUUCAAAAUCAGUAUUUGGAUCUGAUGUAGUCAAAAUAAUAUUCAGACAUUACCUAGAACAUUUUUGGUGUGGUUAUUGUAUAAUAGAUUGAUUAUAAGGUCUUUCGCAUUGAUGACCUUUUAAAUACCCUGUCACCCUUGACAUUGUAGAGCUUUGACAAAACAUCCAAUGACUACGGUUGUAAAUCUGGUAAUUCUAUGUUGGGAAAAUGUUGCAGUAAUUCUAAUGAAUGAUGUACUGGUGUUGUAGAGUUCAUGUAAAAUCUAUCAAUACAUAUCAUAUGUUUGAUUACCACUGAUUUAAAUGUUUGUGUUUGAAAUUUUUAAAAAGUAUCUUUUAAUUUUCUUUUCUAUUCUUACAUGGAAAAAAGAUCUGGUCGUCUGUGUCCAGUUACGUGUCAACAGACGCGAUAUUAUGUUGAAAUGUUUCUUUUACACAAGUGAUAAUUUGGUUUGGUAUACAACAAGCUAUAGACACAGUGGUGUAUUGAAAUAAAUGGACUUUAUAUAAUAGACAAAAUGUUCACAGGUAAUUCAGCAAUAAUAAACCAGAAGGCAGGAGAAGUAAGCUGGAGGGGGCUUCUUAUGAGCUUCCACAGCCAGGAUUGGUUGUAAUAGUAUAUUGUGAUCUAUAAUUACUGUCAAUUCAUGAUUUUGUACCGUACUUGUCUGAAUUUAUAAGUAAUGCAUUUAUUUGUAUUUUUGUGUAUUGGUUCUAGCAUAUUGUUUGAAAAUAUAACGGAAAAGAUAUUUGUUUGAAAACACAAAAGGUUUGUACUUGCAUUUUCCUCAUCAAAAAGUCUUACCUUUGUAAACAAUUAGUCAGAAUAACUUAUCCCUUUGACUUUUGGUACACUAAGUCAAAAUAGUAACCAGUCAUAUUGACCCUGGGUGUGCUAAAUCAGAAUUAUCUACUCUAUUGACCUUGGGUCAAAAUCAGAAUGGCCUUUCCUUUUGACCUUAAAUAAACUAUAAACUAACAACUCAGAAUGGCCUGUUCUGGUGGCCUAGAAUACCAAGUCAGAAUGACUUGUCUUGUUUACAUUCAAUACCAUACCAUUCCGAACAGUGUAUACAAUGUACCAAAUACAAGAAGCUCUUGAUUUUGAACUGAAUUUCCACAUGUUCCGAACAACCAGUGUUAAUGAUUUUCGUUUUCAAGGACUGUGUUAUAAAAAAAAUCUGAAACUGUAGAAGAUAAAUAACCUGCUGUCCAAUGGUUUGUAUAAUUGAUAACCUAUGAUGAAAUUGGUUCACUUUUCCUUAUCAUUCUCUGACUCUCUUUAUUGUUACAAGAUAGCAUAUGUGAGAAUUAAGUGUGUUCAAUGAAUUUAUAAGCUCAUCUGGUACAAAGGAGCAGGGAGUUUUUGCCAUGGCGUGGCAUCCAUCAUCUAGUGUCCAUCAUCUGUCCAUCAAUUUUUCUACAAAAUGCUGCUAGUUGUGAAUGAUUGAGGGGAUUUUGACCAAAUUCAGUCUGAAACAUGUUUAGGUGAAAGGGAAUCAAUUUUGUAUAAAUGGCGGGUCUCAACCCCCUGGGGCAGGACGGGAGGGGUCUAUUAGGGGAGAUCAGGCAAAUUAUUUGCAAUCCUACUCCUCUUGUAGGAAUGAUUGAAUUUUACCCAAAUUGAGUCUAGUGUGUUUGGGUGAAGAGGAAUUACUUUUUGUAUAAAUGGUGAAUCUAGGUCUCCUUGGACAGGAGGGGAAGGGCUCAAAAGGGGAAAUGGGUCAUAUCUUUGAAACAGUUGAGAUCCCCACCCCUAAACUAUAUAUAGCUAUGAUGGGAAUCAGGAGAUAAACAUAUUCAUUAUGUAAGAAUUGGCUGUGGGGUGUGGACCCACACCUCAGGGGACUUAAUUCCUUGGUCAUAUUUUUGAAACAGUUGAGAUCCCAACCAGAUAACCAUGUAAACUCUUACCGGGCAACAGAAGGAAAGGACAGUCAUGAUACAAGAAUUUACCCAUAGGUUUUUGCCCUACCAAAAAGGUUUCAUCACAGCUGUAAUUUGGAAAUAUUUGAAAUACCAAACCCUACCCAAAUAUACCAUUGCUAGGCUUUAAGAUCCAGUUGAGCAAUACAGCCCUAUUGGCCUCUUGUUUCAAUUACACCACAUAGAAUGUUUCUGAAAUAAAUUUCUUAAAGUGUUUCAAAAUCUUAAUAUGUCGUAGCGGAAAAUUCUUCACAAAUUUGCCAAAUUGUAUCAACCAUUGUUGAACUAAUAUCAGCCUUAUAAUCAUCAUCAAACUACAUAUUCCGAAUUAAUUUGUACUUUUUGUAGUGUUUGGAAUGUGCUUGUUGUAAUAUGCUACACUUGUUCAAAAGUGGUUUCCUAAUGAAAACUUUACAUGUUGCCAGUGGUAUCUGUUAAGGCAUUGUGUAUUUUAUAUUGUACCCCAGCAACGAAGGUAGGAGGGGUCCACUGAAAUACUAAAAAUCUGCUUAUCUGUCUGUCCGUUCACUGGAUAUUUCCAAAUUGUUUCAAACUACUGGUAAAAUUUCUAUGAAUAUCACCAAAUAUCCUAAUACUUAUUUUUCAGUUAAGUCAAUUCUGGCUUUUUUGGGCAGUGUUGUCAAUUUUUGGCUAUGUUAAGACCUUACAGGUUUCCAAAAAUAUGUCAUCAUAAUCCUGAAUUGCAAUACAUGUGUAAUAGAGGGAUUAUUUUGAAAAUUAUAUGCAGGACUGGUAGCCAUUGACUAUUCAUAUAACUGUUGACAUGGUGACAGCCUUUGUUUGUGUAUGAGCUCUACAGGAAGAAAUAACAGUGCUAUAUACAGUAAUUACUCUGGGCUCUCCCUAGUAUAGGACCACGUUGGUUCUCGACCAAUAUUGUCAAAUUCAUCGCAUUUUAUUUGUUUUUGAUAAAUAUUAUUUAAUGAAAUAUAUGCCCCUUUCAUUAGUUCCAAACCUCGUACACAUGAUCAGUACCAAACAGAGUUUUUUCCCUUUCAAGGAUUUUUCUAUCUUUUCAUUUCUGUUAAGUUUCUACCUGCUCUCUCAACCAAAUCUUCAAGAACUUGGAUUAAGGGAUCAGCAACAAAAGACCAAAAGUAGUUGUACCAAUUUUCAGAAGACUUCGUGAUAAUCCUGUACCAGAGAGAGCACUCCUACAGAAAAGAACACAUCCUCGAGUUUCCAGGGGUUAAAGCGAUACUUGUGGGGCAUGGCUAAGUAUUAUUACCAAGUCCCUAUGUGGGUGCCAAUGUGAGAGAAAUCAUUAUUUAUUUCAAUGCCUCCGCUAGGAUUCAAAACCUGAACCUCAGUCACUCAACAGAUUGAGCGAAAGAGAAGUUCUCUGUAGUCCAGCGGUAUAUUGUGGCUCGUAUUUUUACCAGGGCUACUAAAUAAGAACUACAUAUACCUUUGCGCCAUUACCCUACACCUUAUAUCAAGCUCAAUCAAAACUUAAGGGAAUAUCAGCCCAUAAUUUACAUUGUUACCUUGUUUUUCCAGCAAUAAGUCCAUGCCUGGUUUAAUUACCAACUGAUAUUAAUAGAACUUGAAAAGGACUUGCAGUUAUUUUUCCUCAGCCAGGUUUGUUGUAAAUGAAACAAAGCUGAUGUUCAGAAUUAUGAAAAUUUCUUGAACACUGUGAGUGAAGAUAAUAGAGGUGCUUUAAACACAAGCUAGUAUGUGGAGUUUUUGUUACUGUGUUAUUCAGUUUUGAUUAUUGUGAAUUGGUAGUAUUGAAUGUUAACUUCUGUUACCUGUAAUGUUUGGCUACACAGCACAUUUACAAUAAAUUGUUACUAUAUAUAA